UCUCCCCUCUAGCUCAUUUCUCUAGCCUCGAGACGUCACUCGUUUAAUUUAUUUAGUAUUUACAUUCAAAUACCCUGUGUCUAAUAAACAACAAUAUCAACAAUAAACAAAUAUUUAUGUUUAUUAAAAAAUAUUUGUAAACAAUCAAAUUGUGUUAGAUAAAUUACAUCAACAUACGUUAUCAUAGUAAACGUGGCAGAUAAAUUAAUAAAACAUGUCUAAAAGAAACCAGCCAGUUUGGACUCCUCCAGUUAACAAGGAUACUCCUGUUUUGAAGUUAUACAACAGCUUGACUCGACAAAAAGAAGUGUUCAUCCCUCAAUAUGGUAAACGAGUGUUGUGGUACAGCUGUGGACCAACAGUUUAUGAUGCCUCACAUAUGGGUCAUGCCAGGUCUUAUAUAUCGUUUGACAUUCUUCGACGAAUAUUAUCUGAUUAUUUUGGCUAUGAUGUCCUCUACGUCAUGAAUAUAACAGACAUUGAUGAUAAGAUAAUAAAACGAGCCAGACAAAAUCAUCUCUAUGAAGAGUAUCUUAACAAAAAUAUAAAUUUAAAUGACAUUAUUGCUGAUAUUAAAAAUGUCAUGAUAACGUUUCAAUCAACAGUACAAACAACAACAGAUGCUGAUAAAAAAUCAAUGCUGGAGAAGAUGAUUGUUAAAGUUAAACAAGCUGUUGAAGAUCUUGAAGAAUCUGUUAAAUUAAAUGAUGAUGAAAAAAUUAAAGAAUCACAGUUUUUACUUUUGAAAGAAGCCAAGGAUCCCCUGUCUGAUUGGCUAGAUAAAAAAUAUGGUGAUUCUGUUACACAAAAUUCAAUAUUUAAUAAAUUAUCACAGCAUUGGGAAAAUGAAUAUCAUAAAGACAUGGAUGCAUUGAAUGUAAUGAGACCAAAUGUCCUGACAAGAGUCAGUGAAUAUGUGCCAGAAAUUGUUGAUUAUAUUAAAAAAAUAAUUGAAAAUGGUUUAGCUUAUGAGAGCAAUGGCUCAGUUUAUUUUGAUGUUGGUGGUUUUGAUAAAAAAGAAAAACAUCAUUAUGCUAAACUAGUUCCUGAAGCAUAUGGUGAUGCUGCAAGUCUUCAAGAAGGCGAAGGUGAUUUAUGUCUAUCUGAAGAAAGACUAUCAGAAAAACGCUCAGCAAAUGAUUUUGCUCUUUGGAAAACAUCAAAAUCUGGUGAACCAUGGUGGCCAAGUCCUUGGGGCAAUGGCAGACCAGGUUGGCAUAUUGAAUGCUCAGUUAUGGCAUCAGCAAUAUGUGGUGAUAGUCUUGAUAUUCAUACUGGUGGUAUUGACCUAAAAUUUCCACAUCAUGAUAAUGAGCUAGCACAAGCAGAAGCAUAUUUUGAUAAUUCAAAUUGGGUUAAAUAUUUUCUACACUCUGGACAUCUGAAAAUAUCAGGUUGUAAAAUGUCGAAAUCACUUAAGAAUUUUAUUACAAUUCAAGAAGCAUUAAAAAAAUGUUCAGCACGACAAUUGAGACUUGCAUUUUUACUACAUUCAUGGAAAGAUACCUUGGAUUAUAGUGACAAUACCAUAGAAAUGGCUGUGCAGUAUGAAAAAUUUUUAAAUGAAUUUUUCUUGAAUGUUAAAUGUCAAAUAAGAUCAUUAGGAAAUGAAACAACAAUAAAUACAUUCAACAAAUGGUCUGAUGCUGAAUUAGAAUUAAAUAAAAAAUUUUUUGAAGCUAAAGAUUCUGUUCAUGCUGCAUUGUGUGAUAACAUUGAUACAAGAACAGUUUUAGAUAACAUACGUGACUUGGUUGGACACUGCAAUGUCUAUAUAAAAAGUAUCAAGAAUCCUAAUACUUUGCUUCUUCGUGACAUUGCUGUUUAUGUAACAAAAAUGUUUGUAACAUUUGGAGCAAUAUCAUCAUCAAAUGAUGGAAUUGGUUUUCCAAUUGAGGGUGAUAAUAAAAAUGUCAAUCUUGAAGAAACUGUUUUGCCAUAUUUAGAAAUACUUGGACAAUUCAGAGACAAUGUACGUAGUCAUGCUAAAAUUGUCAAAGCAAAUGACAUACUUAAAGAGUGUGAUAAAUUACGUGAUGAUAUAUUGCCAAAUAGUGGAGUUAGACUCGAAGAUGACGACAGUGGAAUGUGUAAAAUAAAAUUAGUUAAUCGUGAAGAAUUGCUAAAAGAACGUGAAGCUAAAAAAAAAGCUGAAGCUGAUAAAAUAGCUGAAAAAGAAAGAAAAAAAGCUGAACUUGCUGCUGCUAAUGCAGCUAAAGAAGCCCAACGUAAAAUACCACCAAGUGAAUUAUUUAAGAUGGAAACUGAUAAAUAUUCAAAAUUUGAUGAUAAAGGUCUACCAACUCAUGAUACUGAGGGGAAAGAAAUCAGCAAAGGACAAAUUAAAAAAUUACAAAAAUUACAACAAGCACAGGAAAAAAAAUAUAAUGAUUAUUUAGCAUCCAUUCAGAAUGGUGCUUGAGUUAAAUGGAAUUUUUUUAUUCCUUUUUUUUACAUUUGUUAUUAACAAAUUGCUCCAUCAAUUAUACAAUUUAUUUGAUAUUAAAAUAAUUUUGAUAAUGUCAAAAAUGCCUUACAUCAAAAUCAAUAAUAA